ACAAGACGCACGCUCCCCACUUGGGCUUCAUGGACUUGCCAUCCAGCUGCGUGGUGGUGACCGGUUUUGGGCCCUUCCGGCAACACCUGGUGAAUUCCAGCUGGGAAGCGGUGAAGGAAUUCUCCAAGCUGGGCCUGGGGACAGACACAGUGGUGGAGCUGCGAACUCUGCAGCUGCCUGUGGAUUACAGGGAGGCAGAGAGGAGGGUCGCCAGACUCUGGGAAGAUUUUCAACCACAACUUGCUGUGCACGUGGGCAUGCACACCUCUGCCAAGGCCAUCUUUCUGGAACAGUGCAGCAAGAACAGAGGCUACCAGGAUGCUGACAUACGGGGCUUCCGGCCAGAAGGUGGUGUGUGCCUCCCAGGUGGCCCAGAAGUGAUGGUGUCGGUGGUCAGCAUGAAGGCAGUUUGUAGGCGCCUUGACAUUGAAGAUGUGGAGGUGGCCUUUUCUGGAGAUGCGGGCAGGUACACUCUGCAGGUGUCAAAGCACCGAGCAAGUAUGUCUGUGAUUAUACCUACUACCUGUCUCUCCACCAUGGAAAUGGGCGUGCAGUGCUCAUCCACGUCCCCCCGCUGUCACCGUGGCUUCCGGCCAGCCUGCUGGGAAAAGCCUUGCAAGUCAUCAUCCGGGAAAUGCUGGAAGACAGUAGGGAAGCCCAAGCUCAAAGGCUAGUUGGCAGAAAACUUGAACCACAUUGAUGGGAGCCACGGGACACCAGUGGGGUUGUCUCCUCUAGAAGAAGUUAAAUGUUUGAAUUCUGUGUGUGGAGUUCAACUGUGCGGUGAGGGGCUUCUAAAAAAUUGCUUGUAAAACAGUUUACACAGAAGGAAAAAAAAAUUCUGAAUUAGCCUAACAGAAUCACAAAGAGUUAUUUUAUUGUCAGGAGAAGAACCUCUAAAAGAAAGAUGUUUCAUAAGGGAUUAACUGACUUUAGUUACGGUUUUCAUGACAAUAAAAUGAAAUCCUAGUCAUUUUUUUCCCCUUCUUGUGGUGGGGUUAUAUGAUUCUGCUGGAAUGCCAAAACCACAGACCUGUUUUUUCAGAGGUCAUGGAAAUAUAGGUGCAGUCACUGCUUUAGGGUUCCAUUCCUGGCCCCCUCACUUGUUAUCUGGGUCCUGUGAGUGGCUUCAGGGCCACUGAGUCUCUGGUGUUCACUUUUUCCAUCUCGCUUUUGCUACUCAGUUUAAGUUUUUAAGUGUACAGUUUGGUGGCUCUCAGUACAAUGGUUGUUGUGCAAUCAUCACCCAACCCAUUUCCAGAAUUUUCUCAUCAUUUGAAACUGUACAAAAAUGACCUAUUCAUUCUCUUCCCCAUCCUGAGGCAACCACCAUUCUACCCUCCAUCUCUGUGACUUCCAUGACUCUAGUCACCUCAUCUAAGUGGAACCAUACAUUUUUGGCACUUAGCAUAAUGUUCGAAAGCUUCAUCCAUAUUGUAGCAUGCAACAGGAUUCCGUUGUUUCUUAGGCUGAAUAAUAUUCCAUUAAAUGUACAUGUCAC